AUGGAUAUAGACAAAUAUUUAGAGAUUUUAAGAAAUGUAAGAUGCUUAACUGAACGAGAUACACAUAUAAUUUGUGAAUUAGUUAAAGAAAUUUUAGUAGAAGAGGCAAAUAUAGUUUAUGUAAAUACUCCAGUAAUAAUAUGUGGAGAUAUUCAUGGAUAAUAUUUUGAUUUAUUAGAACUAUUUAAGAUAGGAGGUUAAAUUCCAGAUAAGAAUUAUUUAUUUAGUGGAGAUUAUGUUAAUCGAGGGUAAUUUAAAUUCAUUUGAUUUAUAUAGGCAUCAUUCUGUUGAAACCUUUUAAUACUUGCUUUGUUUAAAAAUUAAAUAUCCAAAAAAUAUUACUUUAUUGAGAGGAAAUCAUGAAUCAAGAUCUUAAACUUAAGUUUAUGGGUUAUAUGAUGAAGUGCAUAGAAAAUAUGGGAACAUUCACCCUUGGUAAUACUUUUGUGAAGUAUUUGAUUAUUUACCUUUAUGUGCAUUAGUUGAUCAAAAGGUUUUUUGUGUACAUGGAGGUUUGUCUCCAUAAAUAAAAUCAAUAGAUUAGAUACGACCAAUUGGUUUGAUAUAAUUAUAUUUUGAAUAGAUCGAAGAAAUGCGAAUGAUUAUGAAGGUUCUAUGGCUGAUAUAUUAUGGUCAGAUCCUGAAUAAGAUUUAGAUGGAUGGAUAGCUAAUCAUCGAGGAGGAGGAUAAUGUUUUGGAAAAAAAGUAGUAGAAUAAUUUAAUCAUAUUAAUGGAUUAAUUUUGAUUACAAGAUCACAUUAAUUGAUAAUGGAUGGAUAUAGAUAUGAAUUUAAUGUAAAAUAGAGAUUAAAAAUUAGAAAUAAUUAGUGACUGUAUGGUCAGCUCCUAAUUAUUGUUAUAGAUGUGGAAAUAAAGCAUGCAUAAUGAAUUUAGAUAUAAAUUUAGAACAGACCUUCUUAGUAUUUGAUGAAUCUUAAGAUUCAACUUCAGACAUCAUUAAUUAAAAAGUGCUACCUUAUUUUUUAUGA